AUGUCCGUCGCCCUCGCCGUCGUCCCCAUCGACUCCCGCCUCACCAUCUACGGCGACAAGGACCCAGCGUCCGCCUACUCGUUAUCCGGCCAUGUGUCGAUAGCCCUCACGUCGCCGUACUCGCUCUUCGAGGCCCGCCGCCCCGCGCGGCUCUUGCUCGAAUCUAUCCUCCUCACCUUCGAGGGCCAAUCCGAGAUCUUCACCCCCAGUACAGGCUACUCCUCCAUCCGCCUCUGCGAGCUCACUCGCGAGCUCGUCAGUGGCGAGCCCAUCGAGCUAUCGAACGAAGGCCACGAGGACUCCGCCGAGCCUUGUGUGUGGAAUGUCGUCUUUAAUAUCCCAGUACCCGGUUGGCUGCCGGAGACGACCACCAUGGGCAUCGAAGAGAUCGGCACCCGCUAUGCUUUAUACGCCACAGCGCGAUUUAUUAACGUCGAAGAAGAUCAGCCAAGUUCGUGGGGUUUUGCGGCACUCUGCGCGCCAUUCCGAUCGCGGUACAAGGUGGUCGAGGCGAAGAAGGACAUCCACAUCCGCCGCUACAUCGCAGCGCCUGAGCUAGAGGCGCCGCCGCCGUCUUACUUGAACUAUCUCGUCAACUCGUCGGCUUCAUCAUCUAAGACCGACGUCGGCAAGGGUAGAAUUCCGUCCGAUGUCCUCUCCAAGAUCCAAGUGCUCGCUUCAGUUCCCCAGCAUGUCAACAUCGAGGACUGCGAAAUCCCGAUCACACUGAGAAUGCGGACCAAGGACUUGCCCCCAGAGGACUGCAAGAAACUUCAAGUGACCCACAUCUCUAUUGACCUUCUCCAAGAAGAAAAGUGCAGAUACCGUCCAUCCGCCGCUUACCUCUCGCGCUAUCCUCUACCCUCGAAGCGACGCCAGCCUCCCAAUUAUCCGCUACGCGAACCACAUCCCGUUAGCUCCAUCUACGACGUAGGCCUCUUCGUCCCACCCAAAUUUUCCGAGUGCAUCUGUCGCACAUUCUCGCUUAUGCCUGCGAACGAGCGCGGGAAGUACAAGCUCCCAGACGACAACUACCCUUUCGCCAACGACGCGGAGAAUGGCCCCUCUGGGUCCUGGUAUACGAUCGACACAACAGUCCCGUUCGUGCAGCAGAGCCCAGCGCGGGCAGAUCGCGAAUGCAUCGAGUGGGCGGGUAUGCCCGACCUCCGGCCCAGCUUAACCAGCCCGCUCUUCACGGUUUCGCAUGAGGUGACCAUCGCGCUUACAUGCACGUACGAUUUGGAGGGCGGGAAUGUGGCUAAGGAGAACCUGAGCUUCAGGAUACCGCUCUCGUUUGCACGAGUCGCGCCGAAGCUUGAUCCUGUCGGCCUUCGAGCGCUUCUCUUCCAAGGCGUGAUUACGGGCACUUCCAGUUCUCUUCAGACCUCGCAGCUUCCGAACGUCAAGGAGCCUUCGUCGUUUACGCUACCUGCGUAUUCGCAAUUGUACGACUCCAGUGGUGAGCGUAAGGUCGACCAUUCGAUGCCGCUGCCACUGUACACACCCCGUUCGGCCUCACCUUCUGGCUCGACCCCUUCUUCCUCCGAUGCCUCCUCCACGUUAUCCUCACCUUCUAUUGUCGAUCCCGCGCUUUCCGUGGCGAUUGACUCUUCAACUAAUCAUUAUGACGACCACGAUAGCGAAGAUGCGCCUAUUCAGCAUAAGCAUGCUGUGCGUCCCACCCGACAACUCGUAUUUGACAGCGAGGACGAUUCCAUGGUUGACGAAGGUUCAGAUUCUGUGCCGACGUCGCCUGUGGAUUCAUGA